CCACCAGUCCUCUAUCUCGACAUCUGGCCCGUAUUCCCAGAUCUCAUGAUGAUGGUCUUUGACGGCAGUCUCUCGGCGCAAUUCACCCAGAUCAGAAGUCUGCCCAAGCAUCGCAUCACACGCACCUUUCUAGAGCCCUUGACGGACAACCUCGACAUGACUUCUGCUGACGGGAAGCAGUCCAAGGUUUGGCGGUCGCGGUUCAACCCGAGCUUCAGCCCACGGAACAUCACAAUGCUUAUCCCUGAGCUCAUUGAUGAGAUUGUUGUGUUUAGGGAGUUGUUGGCGGGCAUGGCUGGGCCGCAAGGGCAGUGGGGAGAUGUGUUCCAGCUGGAGGAACGCACAACAAAUCUCACCUUUGACGUGAUUCUCCGAGCAACCAUCAAAGUCCUCGGCCUCAACCACAUCCUCGGCAUCAAGCGCUGGCCCUGGGACUCUCUCACCCGAGCGCGCAACAACGGAGCCCUCCGCAAAGCCCUCAUAGGCCAUGUCCAACACGCCAUCAACAAACCUCCUGACCGUCUCGCAGAUACAAACACCGAGAACAACAAAAAGACAAUCCUAAACAUUGCUCUGAGCCGCACUCUCGCGGAAACGGGCGGUGCAGCGCCUGACAAGCGAGAUAUCGAGGCCAUUCUGGCAAACUUGAAGUUGUUCUUGUUUGCUGGGCAUGAUACCACAUCUUCGACGAUCUGCUGGAUGUUCAAGUUGCUGCAGGAUAAUCCAGGCUGUCUAUCCAAGCUUCGCGCAGAGCUUGACGACGUCCUGGGAACAGAUCCCAGCCAAGCUGCCAGCCUGCUACGAGAGUCGCCUCAGCUUCUCAACAACCUGGCAUACACCAACGGCGUCGUCAAAGAAACGCUGCGCUUCUACCCCCUCGCAUCCACCGUCCGCCAAGGCGAAAGGGACUUCUUCCUCACCCUCCCCGGCUCGAGCACGCGGUAUCCGACAGAAGGCACCGCCAUCCACGACGUCCCCUCCGUCAUUCAACUCGACGAGUCCGUCUGGCCGCGCGCAAACAAGUUUCUCCCAGAGCGCUGGAUGGCCCCUCUGGGCGAUCCCUUGCAUCCCAAUAAGGACGCCUGGAGGCCCUUUUCCAUGGGUCCGAGGAACUGCAUUGGACAGGAACUUGCCAUGGUGGAGAUUAAGCUGGUGGCUGCGCUGGUGUGUAGGGACUUUGACGUUCGCGAGGCGUGGGACGAGUGGGAUGAGAAGCGGGGAGGGAUGGUGAAGAGGGAGAUGGUUGGGGGGGAGAGGCUGUACGGGUGUGGU